UCUCCAUUGGGCGAACAGGAGCAAGGGGAACGAGCAGCCAGAGCAGCACACGGGAGUAGCGGGGACGGGUGCUCUCGUCUGCCGAAUGGAACAUUCCCGCUGCUCCGAGAGCAGAGCAAAGAGGGGGAGCGCGUGACGUCAAGCGUCAUGUGACCAAACUUUUCCCGCGCUCGCUUCGCGUAACAUUUCGCGCGCUCGCGGUGUUCGCACGCAGUUUUUCCGCGCCAGCUCGGUCAGUGCAUGUCGGUGGUUUUGUGUCUGCCUUCCGCAUGAUGAUGAAUGAAGAAGCUCAGCGGAUGUUCAUGUCCAUGAUAAAGGGGUCACCGCUACCAUCUACACCAGGUAAGCAUCGUGUUUCCGAAAAAUUAGCUGCGAGAAAUAACAGCGUCAAUCUCACGGCUUUGUUUGUGCUCACUACAGUUGUUAUCGACGCCUUGUUCAUGCGGGAGAACAUUGACGAGAAUCCAGACGGUAACGGGAGUGUCGCGGCGUGUGAGGCGGCGACGGACGAGAACGGAGCACGUAAUUUGCUGACCGCCACUGCGUCAAACGCCGGUGAAAGGGUAACGGACCCAGUGCCCCAUGUGAAAAGAGGUGGCGGAGCUCCCGAGUGGACACCAGGAGAAACCAAACUGCUGCUAGAUUAUUAUUACAAGUACUUUCCUCAGGUUGGCCCUUUCAAGAAGUUCAAGAACAAGAAGAUGCUUUUUAUACAGGUUUCCAAGGAUCUGGCUGAUGUGCUUGGAUGCAACAAAACGCCACAGCAAUGUGAAAAUCGCAUAAAAACGGUAAGAAGGCAGAAGAAAAAGGCGUGUGAUAAUAACAACAAAUCAGGCGCUCCACCUUGCCCUGUCCCAUUUGACGAUGAAAUGAGAAAAAUUGAAAGCAUUGAUGACAGUCUGGAGCACGAAGUCCAAAGGGACUCUUUUGGAGUGACUUACAAGGCAACUUCAUCAAGCUCCGACAGCUCAGCUGACGCGCCCUCAACUUCACCUGAAAACUCCAGCACUCUGGCGAGCGGUUCAAACAGUGGGGAAAGCACGAAAAUGCUAACAGAGGCCAAGAAAAGGGGACUCCGCGCUAGUACUAGUCGUAUGCAGCAGAUGCAAUAUUUUUUUGACCAAAUGCAGGCUAUUAGUGCAGAGCGAGCGGCUCGCAGGGAAGAGCUGGAAAAACAGAAGGAGAAGAGGCGUGCCGAGCGGCGAGCUGAGCGCAUUCAAGAACGCCAGGAGCGCCGCAAGAUGCACGAAGACAAACUUCAGCUCAUCCGCGAGGCCCUGGGGCUCAAGCAAUAA